AUGGCUUACCCAUCCUCUUUUAACAUUGCCAUGGCAUUGCCUACAAAAUCCUUCGUGUUUAUAUUGUUUCUUUUAGCUGCUAUGUUGCUUGAGUGUCAAGCUUCUGUGGCCCAUAUUAAACAUCCAAAACCAAAAUUUAUGCCAGGUCCUUGGAAGAAGGCUCAUGCCACCUUCUAUCAAGGAAACGAUGCAUCAUUUGAUUUGCUUAAAGGUGGAGCUUGUGGCUACGAAGAUAUUGGCAAAGAAGGAUAUGGUAAAGGCACAGUAGCAGUAAGCACACCUUUGUUCAACAAUGGAUCAAUUUGUGGAGCUUGUUAUGAGAUUAAAUGCACUGAAAACCCCCAGUAUUGCCACCCCGAACAUUCGCUCAUUGUCACAGCAACCAACCUGUGCCCACCAAGUCAAAAUCAAGCAACUGAAAAUGGCGGAUGGUGCAACCCACCUCGUGAACAUUUUGACAUAGCUUAUCCUGCAUUUAACGAGAUUGCAGAGUACACCGCCGGCAUUGUCUCCAUUGAUUAUCGGAGGGUUCCAUGCCAAAAGCAAGGGGGGAUUCGAUUUACAAUAACUGGGAAUCCGUACUUCAACUUAGUGUCUGUGUGGAAUGUAGGAGGAGCUGGAGAUGUGGUUAAAAUGUUGGUGAAGGGCAAUAAGAAGUUGAAAUGGACUGAAAUGACACGAAAUUGGGGUCAAAAGUGGCAGACGGAUGCGAUGAUGGUUGGAGAGUCACUGACUUUUCGAGUUGGAACAAGUGAUGGUAGAACCUCAACCUCAUGGCAUGUUGUGCCUGAGAAUUGGCAAUUCGGUCAAACUUUUGAGGGCAAGAACUUCAAGUAAAACCCAACCUGUAUUAUCCCUAGUUUAUUUCUUUUCUUUUUUCUUUUUUCUUUUUUAAAUCCUAACAAUUCUAUGAUUUGUAGCAACCAAGGCUUCUUAUGGUGAGCUUUAGGUAGCACGAGUGUUGUGCAUUCUAUUCUAGAUUUUUUUGGGGUUUGUAAGUUGUAGCA